AUGAAAUUAGAAAAGGAUUUAUCAUUUGAAGCAAAUAUUCCACCGAUGAAAUCAGAUCUACAUGAAAAUUUGCGUGCUAGAAAGAUCUCUAAACGCAAAGAUGAUGGGUUAAAAGCAACUGUAGUGCAACACAACUCACAACAAUCAUCAUCCACUUUAUUGUUGAUUAUAUGUUGCGCUGGUAUAUAUUGCUCCUUCUUAACAUGGUCUUUCUUACAGGAAAAGAUAUCUACAAAAAAUUAUUCUCCGAAAAUCGACUCGACAGCAUUCUUUAGGGGCACUCUAGUGAUUAACAUUACGCAAUCCUUUUUUGCAAUAGUAUUUGGUCUAGUCUACACAUCGAUAAAGAUUCAAAAAGUUUUCAAUCCUUUAGCUUUCUUAUCAAAGAAUGCUGAUCUCAUAUCGAAGUUUCUUCUUAUUGCAAUAUCCCAAUCAAUUUCAUCUCCUAUAGCCUAUUUGUCACUUGGCCAUGUCGACUAUGUUUUAUAUCUUCUUGCAAAGUCCUGUAAGCUCAUUCCAGUUAUGAUAAUUCAUAGGAUUUUAUACAAAUCAAAGUUUCCCCUGUAUAAAUAUCUUGCGGCUCUUAUCAUCACUUUAGGGGUAUUUUUGUUUACUUUCGGACGUGGUUCCAAGAAGGCCGCCAAAUCUUCCAAUGAUGGACAAACUAUCGUCGGUCUCUUUGAGCUCAUUGUAUCAUUACUUCUGGAUGGUUAUACUAAUUCCACGCAGGAUCAACUUUUCAAAAUUACUUCAUCUAAAUCAAGAAUUAGAACAGAAAAAAUGACUGCUGGUCAUCUCAUGACUAUUUUGAAUAUGCUAACAUUUGUUUUAACGCUAGGUUACAGUGUACUCUUUACUAAUCAGUGGAAGGACCUCCGUGAUUUUAUCUCGACUAAUGGCCCGGAGGUGCUUUUUGAUAUAACUGGAUUUGGACUUCUUGGCGCAUUAGGUCAGAUCUUCAUUUUUGUCACCCUUGAAAAUUUCAGUUCUGUUGUUUUAGUUACUGUUACUGUCACUCGAAAAAUGCUCUCGAUGUGUUUAAGCGUUAUAUUGUUUGGCCACACAUUAGAAAUGAAUCAAUGUUUAGGAUUGAUUUUAGUAUUUUCUGGAAUUUCAUUGGAAACUGUCUUCAAGCUUAAAAAGGUAGCAAAGAAGAACUAG